UAACAAUGCUUAAAACAGGGUCAAAACGGGACUGCAAAGAUAAGCCAACUUACAAUAUUUAAUAUAAACAUCUGAUAAUAUUAACAACAUGAGGACGUUUUUGGCUGUGUUUGCUUGCAUAGCUGUUGCGGCGGCGUUUGACUGUUUCGGAAGAAACAACUCUUGCGCGAUGUCGCAUGUGAAAUGUGACACGGGAUUCGAUCCUUUCUGUGAACACUUUCCAGGGCCAAUAGGACAGCGUAUCGGUAUUUGUACUUGCGACAAGGACUGUACCUCAGCUGCAGAUUGUUCAAAUGCCCAAGCUGACGGUUGUCCCCCAAUGGCUCAUCCAGUGUGUGAUACAACACACAAAGUUUGCCAUUGUUUUGGACCUCACACUAGACCACCACAUUUUGAGAAUGAGUCAUCUUAAAGAUUUGAUUAUCAUGCAGCUACUUGAAAUGUUCAUUCGUAUGAAAAAUAAAGAUUCUAAAGGCUCUGUUA